GUACAAAAGAAAACUCAACACAAACACUACUAUAAGAAAAAAGUGCUGCAAUUUUGUAAUAGAAGAAUAUAAAACAUGGCCUCAUCGACUAAUUUCCUAACUCUUGGAUUGGAAGACAUUGAAAAUUUAAAUCUCAACCCAAAGAUUCAAAAGUAUGCUUCAGUGAGACCAAGCAAGGAAACUGAAAAGCUUAAGCAACACUACAAGAGAAAUAUUCCAAUCAAUACCAAACAAUUAAAAUAUGAUUUUAGAGACAACAAGCACUCUACAUUGACAGAGAAGAGUGCUAUCGUGGAAGCAAGCAGAUGUUUAAAGUGUGCUGACGCUCCAUGUCAAUCUUCUUGUCCAACUUCAUUGGAUAUUAAGAGUUUUAUUAGUUGUAUUUCUACUGGAAAUUACUAUGGUGCUGCCAAGAUGAUUUUCUCUGACAAUCCACUAGGUUUGUCAUGUGGUAUGGUUUGUCCUGUUAGUAAUUUGUGUGCAGGAAGCUGUAACUUGGCUGCUACCGAAGAAGGCCCAAUUAAUAUCAAUGGUUUGCAAGCAUUCGCAACUGAUGUCUUUAGAAAGAUGAAAUUGAAACAAAUCAGAGACCCAGAUGCUACUCCUCUCGACAAAUUACCAGAAUCAUACAAGGCCAAGAUUGCUCUCGUUGGUGCAGGUCCUGCCAGUAUUUCAUGUGCUACUUUCUUGGCUAGAAUGGGUUAUCAAAAUGUUACCAUCUUUGAAAAGGGACAAUAUGCUGGUGGUUUGAGCACUCAAGAAAUUCCACAAAAUCGUCUCCCAUACGAAGCUGUUGAGUUUGAAGUCAACUUGAUGAAGGAUUUGGGUGUUAAAGUCGAAUAUAACAAGGAAUUAGGAAGAGAUUUCACUGUUGAAUCACUCAAGAAUGAUGGUUAUGAAGCCAUCUUUUUGGGUAUUGGUCUUCCAGAUCCAAAUAAGGAAUCAAUCUUUGACGGAUUGACCCCAGAACAAGGUUUCUACACCUCUAAGGAUUUCCUUCCAGCGGUCAUGCAAUCAUCAAAGGAUGGUAUCUGUGGUUGUAAGGCAUCAAACCAAAAGCUUCCAAAGUUAUAUGGUAAGGUUGUUAUUUUGGGUAUUGGUGAUACUGCCCUCGAUGUUUAUGGUUCUAGUAUUAGAUGUGGAGCUGAUAAGGCUGUUCUUGUUUUCCGUCGUGGUUUCUCUGAAAUGAGAUGUGUCGAAGAAGAAUUUGAACCAGCCAUGAAGGAAAAGUGUGACGUACUUCCAAAUUGUUUACCAAAACAAAUUAUCAUGAAGGAUGGCAGAAUUUCUGGUAUCGAAUUGUACAAGACUGAAGUUGACUCUAAUGGUAAACUUGUCAUUGAUGAAGAUCAGUUCAUCAGACUCAAAUGUGACUUUGUCGUUUCUGCAUUUGGUUGCACUUUGAAGAGUGAAAAUAUUAUCAAGUCCCUUUCACCUGUUGCUGUUAAUAAUUAUGGUAGAGUUCCUAUCAAUAAUACAACAAUGGAAACCGAAGUCAAGGGUGUUUUUGCUGGUGGUGACUUGAUUGGUAGUGGUAUGACAGUAGAGGCAAGCAAUGAUGGUAAAACUGCAUCUUGGUACAUUCAUCGUUAUAUCCAAGAAGAAUUGCAUAAGGCUGAUAGACUCUCUGAUGCUCCUCAACUUCCAAAGUUCUUUACUGAAGUUGAUAAGGUUGAUAUUUCAGUUGAAGUAUGUGGUGUCAAGUUUGAAAAUCCAUACGGUCUUGCUUCUGCUCCACCUUGUACUACUGCUGAUAUGAUUGAUCGUGCUUUUGAUGCUGGUUGGGGCUUUGCUGUCACUAAGACUUUUGGUUUGGAUAAGGAUUUGGUUACUAAUGUUUCACCAAGAAUUAUUCGUGGUUCAGUCACUACAAACAGAGGUCCUCAUCAAUCUGCUUUCAUGAAUAUUGAAUUGAUUUCUGAAAAGUCUGCUACUUAUUGGUGUACUGCUAUUACUGAGUUGAAGAAGAAACAUCCAACUAAGAUUGUUAUUGCCUCUAUCAUGGCUGCUUUUAAGGAAGAAGAUUGGAAGUUCCUUGCUACUAAGGCCGAACAAGCUGGUGCUGACAUGAUUGAAUUGAACUUGUCUUGUCCUCACGGUAUGGGUGAAAAGGGUUUAGGUUUGGCUUGUGGUAUGGAUCCAUAUCUUGUUUUGAAUAUUUGUAAAUGGGUUAGAGCUGUUACCAAGAUUCCAUUCUUUGCCAAGCUCACUCCAAACGUUACUGAUGUUUUGCAAAUUGCUACUGCUGCUAGAGAUGGUGGUGCUGAUGGUGUUACUGCCACAAAUACUGUUUCUGGUUUAAUGACUCUUAAACCUGAUGCGACCGCCUGGCCAGCAGUUGGUGCCAAUAAGAGAACUACCUACGGUGGUGUCAGUGGUAAUGCAAUUAGACCAAUUGCUAUGAAGGCUGUUUCUAAGGUUGCUAAGAACAUUCCUGGUUAUCCAAUUCUUGCUACUGGUGGUUGUGACAGUGCUGAUGUUGCUUUGCAAUUCAUUCAUGCUGGUGCUUCAGUUGUCCAAAUUUGUUCAUCUGUCCAAAAUCAAGAUUUUACUGUUAUUGAAGAUUACAUUACUGGAUUGAAGGCCUUGAUGUAUAUCAAUGCUCAUCCUGCAUUCAAGGGUUGGACUGGUCAAACUCCACCAGUUGUAGAAGAAAAGAAAGUUGGUUUGCCAAGAUUUGGUCCAUAUGAAUUGAAGAGAAGAGAACUCGAUGUCAAGGAAAUUGAAGAAAAGGGAGUUUUGACUGGUAGACAUGAAGAUAAUAUGCCAGCUGAAAUUGAACAAGUUAUCAAGGUUCCAUCCAUUAACGAUGUUGUUGCUAAGGCUGUUCCAAGAAUUGGUUCUUGGGGUGAAUUGGAUCCAAAAUUCGAUCACCACGUUAUUGCUGUCAUUAAUGAUGACAAGUGUAUCAAUUGUGGUAAAUGCUACCUGACUUGUAAUGACAGUGGUUAUCAAGCCAUUUCUUUCGAUAAGGACACUCACAUUCCAAAGGUUAGUGAUGACGAUUGUACUGGUUGUACUUUGUGUUACUCUGUUUGUCCAGUUUUGGAUUGUAUUGAAAUGGUUCCUCGUAAGACUGAAUACAAAUCUCAGAGAGGUAUUGCUCCAGGUGAAUUCUCACAAGAAGCUGUUUUGAAGUUUGCCAGUUUGUAUGAUUCAAAUGGUUCCCUUGUUUCUGAUAUGCACGAAUAAAUUGUUUAUAAAUAACCUGAUUUU